ACGAUCAAGAACACCACGGAUCCUGUCUUCAAGGAAAGGUUUCUGUUCUCAGUGGAGCCGGAACUUAUCCAAGGAAAGUCACUACAGCUGCAAGUCUUUGCCGUAGACAAAUAUGCGCGUCAGAAGGUCAUAGGUGAGGCCGAUGUCAGGGUCGGUGACAUUGACCUCAAUAUGCCCAUCAGAAUGUGGUUCAACUUGCGGGACAUUGAUGAGAAACCAACAGAGUAUGGAGACAUUCUCUUCUCAUUGAGUUAUCUACCCACUGCUGAAAGGUUGACCGUUGUGAUUGUGAAAGCCAGAAGCCUUCGCUGGAGAAAUGGCAAAGAUUCUGGUGAUCCGUUUGUCAAAGUUUACCUGCUUCAGAACGGCAAGAAGAUUAGCAAGAAGAAAACUUCAAUCAAGAAAGGGGAGAAGAAUCCCAUCUUUAACGAGGCCAUGAUAUUCUCUGUCCCUGCAACAGCCUUGCCA